AUGAAGAUGGAGAGUAUCGUGUUGGCGUCUAUGUUCCUGGUGCUUUGUUGCCUCACGGAUGUAUCAUUGUGUCAAAAUUGCGGCGGGACGUUGAGUGCCUCCAGUGGUGAAAUCAAGUCUCCUGGAUAUCCGGACUCCUACCCUCCUUUCAGCAACUGCCAUUGGGAAAUUCAGUGCGAGGAAGGUUGGGAAGAAUUCGAUUCGCACUGUUAUUACUUCUCGGACGAGGAAAUGAACUUUACUGACGCACGAGCGGCCUGCGAGGCCAUGAAUGCUCAAUUGACAAGCAUUCACUCAAGUGAAGAGCAAAUGUUCAUACAAGAGCGCUGCCAGACUCCCACUGUUUGGAUCGGAGCGAAACCUACGGGAUGUCAAAACGAGAAUCCCUAUUGUUUUGAAUUUCUUGAUGGAACGGCCAACGACUAUCACCAUAUGUGGGAAAGUCUUCUCGGCACUUGCUCUACCACUUGUGGGAUCUCCUUAGCUCCAGAUCGAUGGGUUAACCGGGACUGUUCGGUAAAGAGGGUGGUGAUUUGCGAGUCUUCCCAAGCACAUGACGAAGACUGGAGUUGUAGAUAUGGACCAUGCAUUCAUAUGUCGAACCAAUCCUUCACCUUCGAUGAGGCCAGGUCUUAUUGCCAAGAGUUUCCUGGAGGUGAUAUGCUCUCCAUCGGGUCUGACCAUGGAAAGCAUUUGGAAAUGAUAUGGACCAUGCAUUAUUUGCCUCAUCCUUUGCCGAAGUGGGGUGAGUUUUGGAUUGGCCUAAGGCAGGGAGGGUCAGGUGACUGGGAGUGGGUGAACGGAUCUUCCUUCGAUUGGGACCGAUGGGAAGAGGGAUAUCCCACUCCUGGCGGCGGACAAUGUGCUGCUGUAACGGCGUCCUCCUGGGAUGAUAACAUUAUAGAUGAGUCGAAUUCCUACGUUUGCAAGAAGUCAAUGUGA